AUGUCUUUUGGCGGCCAAACACCGACCAUUAUCGUCCUGAAAGAAGGGACCGACACCUCGCAGGGCAAGGGCCAGAUCAUUUCUAAUAUCAACGCCUGUCUCGCCGUGCAGGCGACGAUAAAGUCCACAUUGGGCCCCUAUGGAGGCGACCUGUUAAUGGUGGAUGCCAAUGGCAAGCAGACCAUUACAAAUGAUGGAGCUACCGUCAUGAAGCUUCUGGAUAUUGUUCACCCUGCCGCCCGGAUUCUCGUCGACAUCGCCCGAUCACAAGAUGCCGAGGUUGGAGAUGGCACGACAUCGGUCGUUGUGCUAGCCGGCGAGAUUUUGAAGGAGGUCAAGGAGCACGUAGAGCAGGGUGUCAGCUCUCAGAUCAUUAUCAAGGGGUUGAGGAGAGCGUCAACGCUGGCAGUGAACAAGAUUAAGGAGAUUCAGGUCAGCACAAAUGAGGCAAAUAGGAUGGAUACCCUGAGCAAGCUCGCAGCGACCGCCAUGACGAGCAAACUUAUCAAGCGCAACACCGACUUCUUUACAAAGAUGGUUGUCGACGCUGUUCUGUCUUUGGACCAAGAAGACCUCAACGAAAAGUUAAUAGGUAUCAAGAAGAUCCCCGGCGGCUCCCUGACAGACUCGCUCUUUGUCAACGGCGUGGCCUUCAAAAAGACCUUUUCAUAUGCCGGUUUCGAGCAGCAGCCCAAGUCGUUCAAGAAGCCCAAGAUUGUGUGCCUCAACGUCGAGCUCGAGCUCAAGGCUGAGAAGGACAACGCCGAGGUCCGUGUUGAGCAGGUGUCCGAGUACCAGGCCAUCGUCGACGCCGAGUGGCAGAUCAUUUACAAGAAGCUGGAGGCGGUAUACAAGACCGGCGCCAAGGUGGUGCUGUCCAAGCUGCCUAUCGGCGAUCUUGCGACGCAGUACUUUGCAGACCGUGACAUCUUUUGCGCCGGCCGCGUGUCCGGAGAUGACAUGGAGCGCGUGGUCCAAGCCACUGGCGCCACCAUCCAGAGCACGUGCUCCGACAUCCGCCCGGAGCACCUGGGCACGUGCGGGAGCUUUGAGGAGCGGCAGAUUGGCGGUGAGCGCUUCAACUUUUUCGAGGACUGCCCGGAGGCCAAGACGUGCACGCUGGUGCUGCGCGGUGGAGCCGAGCAAUUCAUCGCCGAGGUCGAGCGGUCGCUGCACGACGCCAUCAUGAUCGUCAAGCGCGCCAUCCGGAACAAGACGAUCGUCGGCGGCGGCGGCGCUACUGAGAUGGAGCUGUCGGCAUACCUGCAUCGUUACGCCGACCAGGAUGUCCGGAACAAGCAACAGGCCAUUAUCAAGAGCUUCGCCAAGGCGCUUGAAAUCAUUCCCCGUCAGCUGUGUGACAAUGCCGGCUUCGACGCGACUGACAUUCUCAACCAGCUUCGCGUCGAGCACAGGAGGGGCAACACCUGGGCUGGCGUUGAUUUUAAGAACGAGGGCGUCGCCGACAUGAUGGCGCGCUUCGUGUGGGAGCCAGCCCUGGUUAAGGUCAAUGCCAUUCAGGCGGCGACCGAGGCCGCCUGCCUCAUCCUCGGGGUUGACGAAACGAUUCGCAACGAGGAGAGCGCGGCACCCCAAGCUCCCGGCAAGCCCCUUCCUCCUGGAGCUGCGCAGCGGGCGCUUCGUGGACGGGGUCGGGGCAUGCCUAGGCGGUGA